AUGCGCCUCCUGGAACGCAAUGAUACCGGCGAUGUCAGUUUGACGGGUGACAUUCCCGACAACCAGGUCCCACCGUAUGCGAUACUUUCGCACACAUGGGGCGACGAAGAGGUCAGCUUUGAGGAUGUAACGGACGGUACACGCAAGAACAAAAGAGGCUACUCUAAGAUCCAGUUUUGCGGAGACCAAGCCGGGCGUGAUGGACUGAAAUUCUUCUGGAUCGACACAUGCUGCAUCAAUAAAUCCGACUGCGAUGAGUUUCAGGAGGCUCUCAACUCCAUGUUCCGAUGGUACCGCAAUGCGGCCAAAUGCUAUGUCUAUCUCACAGACGUCUCAACCUACCAACAGGACGCCGACAGCAACCCCGGUUGGGAAUUAGCUUUUCGGAAAUCCAGAUGGUUCACUCGUGGGUGGACCCUCCAAGAGCUUAUUGCGCCAAAAGUUGUUGAAUUCUUCUCCGAAGACUGCAAGCGCCUAGGAGAUAAGAAUUCUCUCGCACAGCAUAUUCACAACACAACUGGCAUUCCUCUACGAGCUCUCCAAGCCGACAAAUUGUCCGAUUUCAGCUUUGACGUACGUAUGUCGUGGAUUAAACACCGCAGCACGACGCGCGAAGAAGACAGGGCUUACUGUCUAUUCGGUAUCUUUAACGUACAAAUGCGGCUUCUAUACGGCGAAGGAGAAGAAAGAGCAUUUGAGCGGCUGCGAGAGGAAAUUAGUAAGCAUAAUCGCUAUCUCUCUUGUCUGCAUUCUACCGACCCGCGCCUUGAUAAGAAGCGCAUCGAGGAGGCAAAGGGUGGGUUGCUUGAUGACGCGUACCGCUGGGUUUUCGACACCCCCGACUUCCGCGGUUGGCAUGACCAGUCAGAGAGCCGCCUUCUCUGGAUUAAAGGAGAUCCCGGCAAGGGCAAGACUAUGUUGCUCUGCGGCAUCAUCAACGAGCUGGAGGGUGCUAUUGUUGCAGAGGGGCACUGUCGCAACUUGGCCUAUUUCUUCUGUCAAGCUACCGACUCGCGCAUCAAUAACGCCAUUGCCGUGUUACGCAGCUUGAUCUACCUUCUUGCCCACCAGCAGCCACGUCUCAUCUCCCACAUACGCAAAUACACGGACAAUGCUCAAUCGCUCUCUGACGCAAAUGCGUGGUUCGUCCUCUCGGAUAUUUUGGGGGGGAUGCUAGGAGACCCGAACUUGAACCCAACCUACCUGGUCAUCGACGCUCUGGAUGAAUGCAUGGGUGACUUACCAAGACUUCUCAAAUUUAUCGUCGGGAUAUCAUCUACGUUUCGUUGCGUCAAGUGGGUCGUCUCUAGUCGCAACUGGCCGAACAUCGAGGAGAGCCUAGAAGCCGCGGAAAAGAAGAUAAGGCUCAGUCUUGAGUUAAACGAAGAGUCUAUCUCCUCCGCUGUCAGCACAUAUAUUCAGCAUAAGAUGGAUGAACUAGCGCGGCUAAAGAGGUACGAUGAUAGAACAAAGAACGCUGUUCAACACCACUUGACCCGCAACGCAAACGACACAUUCCUCUGGGUGGCUUUGGUCUGUGAAGAACUGACGAAUAUUUCACGAUCGAGGGUUCUCACCAAGUUGAACACGUUUCCACCUGGUCUCAAUUCUCUCUACCAACGAAUGAUAGAUCAGGUUCGCCGCUCGGAUGAGCCGGAUCUGUGUAAACAAGUUCUAGCGGUCCUCUCCAUUACUUACCGGCCUAUCACGAUACAAGAGCUAGCGGUCUUCGUGGAUAUACCCGAGGGCAUCUCCGACGAACUGGAAUUCAUGACAGAGAUAGUAGGACUCUGCGGCUCUUUUUUGACCCUUCGAGAAACCACUAUCUAUUUCGUCCACCAAUCCGCAAAGGAUUUCUUGCUGAGAGAAGCAGCUCAUGGGGUUUUUCGCUCCGGGAUAAAAGACAUACACCAUACCGUCUUCUUGCGAUCGCUACACGUUAUGUCCGGAACAUUACGACGCGACAUCUACAGCCUUGGCGCUCCGGGAUCCUCCAUCGACGACGCCAAGCUACCCGAUCCAGACCCGCUGGCCGCAGCACGCUAUGCUUGUAUCUACUGGGUUGAUCAUCUCUGUGACUGGCAGGCGAGCGAUGAUAGCAAACACCCAGAUGUUUUCCAAGAUGGUGGUAUCGUCGAUGGCUUUCUGAGACAGCACUACCUCCACUGGCUUGAAGCACUUUCACUUUGUAAGAGCAUGUCCCAGGGGGUACUUUCAAUGGCAAACCUCGAAAGCAUUCUUCAGCACAGGUCGAUUAGGUCUCAAUUACCAAGCAUUGUCGCUGAUAUGCGUCGAUUCGUGUUAUACUGGAGAUGGGUUAUUGAGAAUUAUCCUCUUCAGGUAUACGCUUCAGCACUUAUGUUCAGCCCCGCCCGAAGUAUAACAAGAGGCCUAUUUACGCAUGAAGAACGGAAGUGGAUUACUUCGAGGCCAAUUAUAGCGGAUAAUUGGAAUGCGUGCCGGCAGACGCUCGAGGGCCAUAGCAGUUCGGUCAAGUCGGUAGCGUUCUCGCCCGAUUCGAAGUGGGUUGCGUCAGGAUCAGACGACGGUACCAUCAAGAUCUGGGAUGCGGCUACGGAAUCAUGUACGCAGACGCUCGAGGGCCAUCGCUAUCCCGUCUACUCGGUAGCGUUCUCGCCCGAUUCGAAGUGGGUUGCGUCAGGAUCAGACGACGGUACCAUCAAGAUUUGGGAUGCGGCCACGGGAUCAUGUACGCAGACGCUCAAGGGCCAUCGUUAUCCCGUCAACUCGGUAGCAUUCUCGCCCGAUUCGAAGUGGGUUGCGUCAGGAUCAGACGACAGUACCAUCAAGAUUUGGGAUGCGGCCACGGGAUCAUGUACGCAGACGGUCGAGGGCUAUAGCGAUUCUGUCUGCUCGGUAGCGUCUUCCCUUAACACGAAGCUAAUUGUAUCCGGAUUAGACGAUGCUAACCCCCCACAUUACCAAGUUAAUAGAAUAGGCUAUGGAAUAGGCUUGGAUAAAAGGUGGAUUAAGAGGGGCUUAGAAAACUGGCUAUGGCUUCCUCUGGAAUAUCGGCCACAAUCUUCAGCUAUAGCGGCAACAACGGUUGCUAUUGGCUGUUCUUCUGGACGUGUCCUAAUUAUAACGUUCACGACAGACAGCUAA